UGUUCUCCUCCUUCAUCUCGGCAAGCGUCACUGUUUUCCUUAACGAGGAAGGGGACGAUGGCAUAGACGUAACUUCACAAACAAACGACGGAGCUCGCUUUGGAUUCGGGUUGCCUUUGCCUCCAUCUUCCUGCCUUAACGCCCCUUUUUCCCAAACAGAAUCCAAUUCUCUCGUCCAAAAGUCAAAAAAAAAAAAAGGAAGAAGAAGGAAGGGGGCAAAAAGAGCCAAGGGCAGACGAGAGACAGAAAACAGAGGAGGAGAGGGAACGCAAGAACAAAGAUGGGUCUCCUUUCUAACAGAGUUGGGAAGGAGAGUCUGAAAGCAGGGGAUCAUAUCUACUCUUGGAGGACCGCCUAUAUUUAUGCCCAUCACGGCAUUUACAUUGGCGAUCAUAAAGUCGUGCACUUCACGAGACGGGGACAAGAAGUAGGGACCGGAACCGUCCUCGACCUUCUCUUAGUAAGCUCCGGACCAGCCCGGCCUCGAGUGCCUUGCCCAACCUGCACUCCUCCCAAAGAUGAUCACGGAGUGGUCGCCUCAUGCCUCGACUGCUUCCUCUCGGGGGGCAUCCUGUACCGGUUCGAGUACUCCGUGAGCCCCGCGCACUUCCUCACCAAGGCACGCGGUGGCACCUGCACCCUCGCCGUUGCCGACCCAGACGAUAUCGUGAUUCACAGGGCGAAGUUCCUGCUCAACAACGGCUUCGGCUGCUACAACGUGUUCAAGAACAACUGCGAGGAUUUCGCCAUCUACUGCAAGACUGGCCUCCUUGUUCUGGACCAGCGUAGCAUCGGGCAAGGAGGGCAGGCGGUCUCGAUUGUCGGCGGGCCUCUUGCAGCAGUCCUGUCCUCGCCGCUGCGUCUGGUCACCACCAACUUGUACGGGAUGGCGGCAACGGCAGUCGGGGUGUAUUGUGCAAGUCGAUAUGCGGCCGACAUUGGGAGCGGCAUGAGGAGGGACGUGGUGAAAGUGUCGGUGGAGGAUCUGACCGGGCGACUGGCGGCUGGGGUGCUUAAGGUGAUGGAACCUCUCAGCUUGCCAGCUAUUGUCAGCUGAUCUUCAGAGAAAGCCCGGCCAUUUAAGGCGUACUCUCGAACUGGGUGUUCAUUUGUAAUAAAAUGUAGUGACCAAAGCUUCAUCGAGACAGGGUUUUGUUUUGAUUGAAGCUGUCAUGUGUGCGCACUUAGCAUGAUUUCUUAAUGCCUCCCAUUAAAGACAUGCUUGUUCUGUCUAGCA